UUGCAAUUGAUUGAUGCCCACUUAAACAUAUCAAAAUACAACAAAUAUUUCUGAUUAUUGUUAGUGUAUUAUUUCUUUUGCUUCUGCAUCCAGAUGUAUAAAGUUCAUCAUACAUUAUAUGUAUUAAGAAAACUAUGCAAUCUAAUGGCAUUAAACUGAUCUUGUAAUAAGAAAAUCUUGUAAGUUCAAACUGCUGGCGUUAUGCCACAGCUACACUUAACAGAUUUUAGAAUCACUUAUGCAUGCAGCCAUUGUGUCAUUAUUUGUUUAUCACCUUUUACUUACGAAUCUGAAAGUGAUUUACCAUUGUACAUAUGGGAAAUAAUUAGUUCAUGCCGGUGCUUUUGAGAUGCAUUGUUCAUGACAUUUUGGAAAAUAUUUAAGUUGGGUGAUCUAAAAGUUAAUAAUUAAGUGGCAAAGAAGCGCAUACUUCAGUUUUUUUAUGACAACUUGGAAUCUUCAAACAAUAAGGUUAAGUGGGAACGUGGAUGUGUCUGACAUUCAGGUAUUUCAUGAUUUAAUCUUUGAGUGGAAGGUAGAAGGCUUGAUAACUUAACUUUGCAACGGAAGCUCUAGAAGAAGGGCACAAAUGGGGCAGGGAGGAACAAAGCAACGCCAAAGGAGAGGCGAACUCGAGAAUGGACAAGGAGAUGAAUGCGCAGGGAAUGUUUUGUUAUUCCAUUGCUUGCUAGACUGCCAUACAUUGUUGACUCAUCUCACAUAGAGGCCUCUAAUCUUCUUAAACAAGGAAAGGGGUGACUAAAUCUCUUAAAUAAGGAAAGGGGUAACUAAUUAAUUUAUUCCCAAUCCAUGGGAUCUCUAUUGUUGUUGGCGUUAUAAUGAUUCAUGAGCUGCCGUGACUUCUUCCACAGCUAGCUUUGCUCUUGCUUCGUUGCUUGGUUCUAUUCCCAUAAGAUUACUCCUCUCCCAGAGAAACAACUCAUCCACAACAGCUUUCACGCCCUGAUGCCUCCACACUUGGACCUACUUCCCGAUGGUGCCCCAUUUUACCAUGGCAAUGUAUUGCAAGGGAGAGGUGAUGAUAAAGGAUAAUUGCUGAUCCAACUUAGUGUAAUUUUCCUUAAGGAAAUAGAAGUUGGCAUUAUGUCACAUAGAAAUAUGGUCUGGACACGUCAGGUUGUUAAUCCUGAAUUGGAGCAAGGAUAUGUCCAAGUUCAACCUGAAAGUUACAAUUAUGGUGGCACUGGGAGUGGUUCAUCCAACCUGGGUGUGCAAGUUGCAGUCGGAGUUCCAGGAAAUACCGCUAAUGUUGGUAUCUGUGAUCCGCGGAAUUACUAUGAGAGCAUUAAUCAUGAGCACCAGCAUGUUCAGAAUUCAUACCCACAUGCCGGUGUUACUUCGAGUUUUGUCUUCCCAACUGCUAUGUACAAUCCUAGCAUGUCAACAACAGCUGUGAACAUCUAUAUUCCUCAAAGUUUUGGAUUGGGCAAUGUGCCACCACCAUCUUUAUAUCAUCAAGUUGCCACAGGAACUAUGGAUGAGGGUAGCAGCAGUGGCAAUUUCGGUGACAGCGCUAGUGGAUUCAUCAAAAGGAAAAAUGCAGUAGUUUCCGGUAACCAUCAUUUUCUUCACGGAUUUGCAGGCUCAAGUUCAUCUGCUCAUCUGCCACAGAAUCCUGCGCAAGGGCCAUGGAAUGCUUCAUUUCAGUCAAAUUGUUUACCCAAUUCUGCAGCUUCGAACCCACCUGAAUACCAAAGUAGUAACGGUUGGCCAUUCUUAGAAGGAUCUUCUGCAGAUGUUCCUAGCAGUUUCAAUUCAAUGGCUGCCCACCCGGAAUUGAUACGUCAUGGUAACUAUGUAUUUCCAGCUUGCCACAUGGGCCAGUGCAAUGCAUGGACUGCACAGGCUGCAAAUGGGAUUGUUCACGGAGUACCACAGUGGGGAUUCAGUAAUGCAGUGGCCAAUCCUCCAGGAACCAGAGACAUGCCAAAUGGAAAUCUACAGGAUUAUCAAGCUGGCCAUUCUAUUCAUGGGCCUCUACCUCAUUUCUGCCAGAAUCCUUUGCAUAGUAUGCAAGCGCCUCAAGUACAAGUACCCCAUCAACAGUUCCUCAGUAACAAUGUGAUGCAUGGUGUAAAUCCUUCUGCCACAGGCCUUCUUUUAGAUCCAAGAAUACUGGCACUCCCAUUCAAUUCUGAGCACACUUUUGGGCAUCCAAUGCAUCCACCUCUGACAAACCAAGUUAACAAUGGGGUUUUAAGAAUUCUGUCAGAUCAGAAUGUUACAAUGAUGGAUCGUUCAAGGAUUUAUGAAGCAGGACAUGUUAUGGAUGAACAUAGAGAUAUGCGUCUAGAUGUAGAUAACAUGACUUACGAGGAGCUUGUAGAAUUGGAAGAGCAGAUAGGUGAUGUCAGUACUGGUUUGACAGAAAGCUACAUCCAAGAAAACUUGAUGUCAAGUUUUUAUGUUCCAGGAGCAGCUCGCUUGUCCGAUCAGUCUUCUGAGCUUUCUGUGGAGAAUGACUCUUGCAUAAUAUGCCAGGAGGGGUAUAAAGCUGAAGAACUUAUAGGAACCCUUGAUUGCGGUCACAAGUACCAUGUGAUGUGCAUAAAGCAAUGGUUGAUGAUGAAGAACCUGUGCCCCAUCUGCAAGACAUCAGCUUUGUCAGGAUAUAAAAGAAAUGGAUGAUCGUCGCAAAUAACAUUAUUGGUUAUUUACGGCGGGGAAAAUUAGCUCAAUUUUGUAUAUAGACAUGGUUACCUGGAUUUGCUUCCCCCUUUGUUGUGGACAUAAACUGAGCUUCCGAAAACUGUACAGUCAUUCUGUAGAAUAUUUUAGGCGUUAAAUGGCCCCAUGGUGUGUAAAGCUACCAUGAUGGCAUUGCUAGAUGCUCCUUUCCUUCCUAUUGUACAUUGUAUUUAUCUUUACUAUUUUCGAAAAAGAUAAACCAGAGAACCUGUAGUUAUGUAUAUUCUGGAAUUGAAAGAACUAAAAGAUCUGGUCAUUUCUGGAGCAA